GAGCUUCUCCAUACUGUGUCUCUUUUAAAAAUCUUUAUCCAUUUGGUCAUUUGACUUGAUGUCGAACUUUAAUGUCUGACUGCAUUUAAUUACUUUACAUUAGAUUAGAGGAACCCCAAGAAGAUAAAAAUGUGAUAACCUCAGCUGUGUUUAUAAAAUGUUGGGCUAAGCUAGGAGGCCAAAGGUCAGACUGCUCAACCACAACGGCCUACUUACUUUGAACUGUCGCCACCAUUUAGAAAUCAAUGAGUCUCACAAUGAGGAGAGGAGCAGUUCUGGGCAGACAGAGGACAACAGGCGCAGCAGGAGAGGACUGAAAACUCAGAGUGAACGUGGUGGAAAGGAAGAAUCUGCAGCCUUCAGACUCGGACAUGAUGGAGCUCUAUCUCGACCUGCACUCCCAGCCCUGCCGCUCUGUCUUUCUGUUUGCCAAAGCGGUCGGGAUUCCCUUUGAGUUUAAGCUUGUCGACCUCGCUGCAGGGCAGCAGUACAGCGAGGAGUUUGGAAAGAUCAGCAUCACGAGGAAGGUUCCUGUCAUGAAGGAUGGAAGCUUCAUUCUGACGGAGAGCGUUGCGAUCCUGAAGUACCUGUUGCAGAAAUAUUCAUCAUCAGUGGCAGAGCACUGGUAUCCAGCUGACCUGCAGCAGCGAGCUCGUGUUAAUGAAUACUUGUCCUGGCAGCACAUGAACCUCAGAGCUCAUGGCUCAAAGGUCUUGCUGCUCAGGACUCUGUUUCCUGUCAUCAUGGGCUCUGAAGCCCCGAAAGAGAAAAUGGAGGCUGCUGUCGACGAUCUGAAUCAGUCAGUCAACCUGCUGGAGGCGAAAUUCCUGCAGAACAAACCGUUUAUCAUCGGCGACAAAAUCUCUCUGGCUGAUCUGGUGGCUAUAGUUGACAUCAUGCAGCCUGUUGGAAGUGGCCUGGAUGUAUUUCAAGGCCGGCCGAAGCUGAUCGCCUGGAGAGAGCGAGUGAAGAAGGAGGUCGGUGAAAAGUUGUUUGAUGAAGCUCAUGAGCUGAUCAUGAAGAUGAGCAGCAUGUCGCAGAAGAUACAGAACAGCGGUGAUCUGGAGAAGCUCAAACCAAAAUUUCAGAAGCUUUUCAUCUGAAAACGUUUCUGUGUACAAAUUCGAAUGUCAUUGGUGUCAAAAAGGAUCUUCAUUUGUUUUUAAUUU